GGAAAAUUGCUCCGGAGAAACUCAACGAUAAAACGCUCAGCCCCCCACCCCCCUCUAACAUGCACUGACUCCGGAGUGAAUGGUACCGGAUCUGUGCAGGGAUCCACCUGAAGGGGCUUUUCAACGAAUGUUUCACGUUCCUAGAAACACCACAAGUGGCACUCGGAGACUCUCUCUCUCUCUCUUGCUUUUUUUUUGGGUCAAUACUUUGAUGAAAGGGAUCUUUUAUUUUAUUUUUUUUAAAAUCGUGGUUUAAAAUUCCAGCAGUUAUGUUUGGCUGAAGAUCAGAUGAAGGGGACACAGGCAAAUUCUGUCCCUGGACGCUGCCGGGAUCAGUUUUUAACCUCACAUGUGUAAAUAUGUUAAAAAGAUCUGACGAGAAUGGCAAAACCAGCCCCGUGGAUUUGUGAGGCCGGUGCCGACUUUGAAGGGGUGGAAGCUGUAAAGAAGAUUCUGGAAGACCUUCACCUUAAUGUCGUUGAAAUGACAGAUGAGGCAGCAACUCUUGAUGGUGGCGAUAUCCUCUUUACAGGUAAAGAAUUCUUUGUGGGUCUUUCGAAGAGAACCAAUCAACGGGGUGCUGAAAUUCUGGCUGAUGUUUUUAAGGACUAUGCUGUUUCUAAAGUCACUGUCACAGGUACUUUGCAUUUGAAGAGUUACUGCACUAUGGCUGGUCCCGGGCUGAUUGCUAUUGGCUCCAGCGAGCAUGCUCAGAAAGCGCUGAAGAUCAUGCAGGAGAUGAGUGAGCAUCGUUACGACAAGCUUACACUGCCAGAUGAUCAAGCUGCAAACUGUGUUUACCUAAACAUACCAAAUAAGGGGCAUGUUCUGCUGCAUCGGGCCCCUGAGGAGUUCCCCGAGAGUGCAAAGGUGUUUGAAAAACUCAAGGACUACAUGCUGAUUCCAGUUUCCAACUCUGAACUGGCCAAAGUUGACGGAGGUCUUACCUGCUGCUCUGUUCUUCUUAACAAAAGGGCUUGAAAAAUGAGGCUCAUUUUUUUUUUAAAAAAAUAUUUCUUUUGAUUAGCAAUAAUGUGAUUAUUACAUAACUGAGCCUAUUCUGAAAAGCUAUCCUAUCUCUAUGUUGGUCCUAGACCCUUAACUUUCACUGUGCUAUUUUUAUUAAGACAGCGAUCAGACAGUCCUAUAUUGCCACCUUGUGAUUCAAACCAUGUAUAACUUUCUUUACUGUGGUGAACUGCUAUAGAACUCUGACAAGCAGGAUAUAUAUAUAUAGAUAUAAAUAUAUAUAUAUAUAUGUGUGUGUUUGUGUAUGUGUGUAUAUAUUCAGGUGCUAAAAGGGUGAAUUUAUUCAUAUAAGAAUUAAUGCAAUUUUUAUUUGGAUCUAGCAGUUAAUUGUUUUAUAAGUGUGUGGGUUAGUUUUCUUUUAUUGUUGGUUCUGUAGGCAGCUUCCUUAACCUCUCUUUCCAUUGACCGACACAAUUGCUAGUUAAUACUUAGUAGCAUCAAUAUUGUAAUACAAUGCUUUGGCACCUGCAUGCCUAAGAGUGCCUCCUUUUUCUGCAUUCCAUAGCAGCACAUGCUUUGAAGUUGCAUAGACCUGCAUUAUUGAAUAAUUCUAAAUGACUCAGUUCCAUUUGCUUUAGACUUUUCUUGGGAUGAUUGUUUUGCUUAAGUUAGUCUAGCUUAUUUGCCCAGGCGUUUGUGCCAAAGGCAUCAGUGCAUUCAGUUUGGUCACAAAAGAUCUCACUACAAAGCAUUAUCAGUACUCCUACCAAACUUGAUUGCUUGAUGUGUUUUUCAUCUGCUUCAUAUAAAUUAAAUAAAAGUCAUUAUCAAUGCUA